AAUAAUUGGACAGUCAGUUUCUGGGUCUCUCCGUACAUACAGUGAUGGGGAAAGAAGUCCUAAGACCUGAGGAGCGAAUCAUAUUAUUGUGACAUCAUGACUGAUCCAUGACACUGAAGCUUCAUCUCAUCCCAGCAUCUGGUUUUACACUUCAUCCAUUAGCACAACCUACAGGAUACUCCCUUCUGGUAAUGGCCAGCAAAAGAAAGUCCACAGUUCCUUGCAUGCUACCAUCAAAAAGCAAACAUGCCCGGGAAGAGAUCAUACUGGGAUGCUUGCCUGAGCUCUUACCCACAAUACCUGAGGACAGUAUCCUCAGCAUCUCAGGGGAAGAUGAUCAAGCACAAUCCUCCCAUGAUUUCUCUAAACCUAAGGGUUACACCAGAUUAUGGAAAGAAGUGAUAUGCUGCUGUCCACCCUGUUGUUUUGAGUCCAGAGCUCUGAGCCAUUUUCUCAAUCACAUGGACAGCUGUCAUUUGGACUUCCAUGCACAGCCAAACUUUUACUGUCUGAGCUGCAAGGUCACUGCUGUUAAGUUGGAAGCUUUGGCCCUGCACAAUGCGGAGGCACACUCUGAACUCGGGAACCACGUGAAGGCGUCCUUGAAAGUUACUAAAAGGGAUGGUGUUUUAACUGUCGAGCAGACGCUUUUCAUAGAAGGAGAAGACAAUUUAAGCGAGUCUAAGAUUUCCAGUAUGAAGACACCCAUAAUGAAGACAAUGGGCAAAGAGGACUACAAGAGGAUCGUGGUUUCUCACACUGUUGAGGCACAAAAGGCUUACCAAGGCAAUGUUGGGCUGAUGGGAGAUACCACCCAGCUAAUCAAUGUACCGUUUACAAAGAUGAAUGGGACUGCAGGACAGUCCUUCACUCCAGCAGCUGUACAGGAAGCAUCAAACAUACCUUACAUACUAACAAUGCAGGACAGGAGGCCUCUCUGGCAGUCUGCUAUUUCGGCUGAUUCCACCAAAGAUCUCCCAAAAGUUAUGAUUCCCUUGAGUAGUAUUCCUACCUAUGAUGCUGCUAUGGAUGCAUGCAGCUUCCUAAAGACUUCAUUUAGCAAAUUUCCUUACCCCACUAAAGCAGAACUUUGUUACCUGACUGUAGUUUCUGAUUAUCCAGAGGAACAGAUUAAGCUCUGGUUCACUGCUCAGCGUUUGAGGCAGGGGAUUAGCUGGUCCCCUGAAGAAAUUGAAGAAGCACGCAAGAAGAUGUUCAGAACUAUAUUUCAGGCAGCACCAAUAGCAUCUAAAAAACAGCAGCCCCAUCACUAUGCUGCUCAACACAGUGUUUCUGUCCAGCCAUCAUCUAAGGGCUCUAACUACAGAGAAUCAAAAGCAUCUAAGGGGGGUGUUUUAGGAUGGAAGUCUAGCACCAUAGUUACGCAGCCCGGCACUCUCCCAGUCACUACUUUAAAACAACAGUCAACUGUCCGAACACAACAGUUAGUCAAUCAGUGUGUGGCCAAGCUCAAGGAAACUGACAAUGAAGAGUGCGUUCUGAUAAGGACAGCUGGAGGCAACAGUAUUACAAGCAGAGGCACCAGCUGCAGCAGAAAUAUCAUCAAUAGCACUUCAGUUAAUUAUGAACAUAGCGAGAAAGGUGACAUUAGAUUGGGUACUUAUAAUAACAUCAAAGCCGGUGGAUUGCCUGUCAUUAAUAAAACCAACAAUGGAAAACAUGACAGCAAGCCAAAAAAUGGCUCCGAACGCAGUGUUUAUAGUAAUGGAAGCAUAAUUAGUCUGACUGACAUUGUCAGGAAAAUAGAUUGUAAUGUAAAUAAAUGUAACCGAAGUUCAGAUUACAUCAGCUCAUCCAACAUCAGCUCCAAGUCUUAUGGCCUUAAUACCUUCAGCCCACAUAAAGCUGCUAGUGAUAUUAAUGAGAGCAGCAAAGAUUACACCACCAGCAGAUCCAGCAAUGGAAGCAUUAAUAAAAGCACUCUUCACUCUAAGAUUAGCACUAAUGAUGAAGGCAGCACCUCAGAUCAAACCAGCAAAACCGUCAACAUUGACACUAGCUGCAGCAACAGCCUUGAAACGGAGGCAGUUUCACAAACACUAUCCUGGUAUUCCUGCGCUCAAACUGGCAGUGUCUUGAAUAAUUUCUGUAAGGAUGUCAGGUCCCAUGAGCAGCUGGGAAACCUUAGGCAAAGCUCUGUCCACUGCCAGUUCCAAGAUCAGAGCGAAGAUGGGCAGCUUAUGAGGGCUCCAGACAUGUUGCCAAGGGAAGUUCAUAAAUGGAUAGGUGAUGGAAAAUACCUUGGUCACAGUUUGAAAGGCUUACAGGUAGCCGAAGAACCCUCGUUGGAAAAUGUGCGCUCAAGAUCUCUCCACUCUGCCGAUCCUUCAAAUUAUUCAUACCUUCCUGAUGAGGACAUCAAAACCAAGCAGCCCUCAAAAAGCCUUCCUCCUUCACCUCAGAAACAGAGUUGUCCAACAGUAGCCAUACAAGCACCCAAUGUCCAGUCCCAGAAUUUCCCCGUUGUCCACCACGUUGAGCAGGGGGCGUCAGUCUUAGAGCAGCAGGAAGAAAAAGACCUUUGUGAAGGCAGCAGCUCCUCUCAUGAGCUAAAGACAAACCUUAAGAUGCACAAUUUAACUCAUCCAGAUGCAAAAAGUGGCCAAGAAGUCAAGCAUGAAUCUGAGAUUACAAUAGCACCGCUUUCACAAGUUUCUUUGAACCAGAAAUCAAACAUAGGCCACAAUCAGUGGUUCAGCACUCAGCAGUCUGAAUCUCUGACCAACAAAAGAAGAAUGCCACAGGUGGAGGUGGUCUGCUGGCCCAGUAACCGUCGCCGCUCUCAAGAGAAUGGGACACUGAAGUGCCUGCAAAGCUCCCAGGAUGCACCAGAAGAAACUAAGAAACAGUUUAUUGAAGAGGAUAAACACUGUGUUAAAGAUAACCUGGAGGUACAGACGCCAGAUGAACAAAGCAAAACUACGGAUCAGUUGGUGAAACCUGGCCUUCUCAGCCUUGAACAACAGAGUACAGCUCAAAGCUCAGAAACUGAAAUGCUGCAAGAGGACAAAUCAGAUGAAAUGGAAGGAAUGCAACAGAAUUGCUGGGUCGUCAAAAAGGAGCCCAUACCACCUGCUGACAGCCACAGAUUAAAAGGUCAUCAGGUUCAAGAUAAUGAGUCCAGAGACUGCCUGAUAGGAGAGCUGCUGAAGGUGUGAGGACUCCAUGUCAGGGAGACUCAGUCAGAAAUGAAUGGAGGACUGUUGUUGAUGGAGGGUUAUUUUAUUUCUUUGGAUAUGACAGCUCAUAAGAUUGUAUCAGAUCUUUGAUGGGUAAUAGACAUAAAUAAUGAUGUGAACCUCAUUGGGAGACAAGAUUUAAAUUAAUGCUCAGGCUAAACCUGGGGACUACAGAGCAAGUGGAUUAACAGCAAGCGGAAGAAGAAAUUAGAUGUAUAUGAUUUGAACUGCACAGCGGAGGAGGAGUGUUUGUAUUAAAACUGGAGAAAGAUGGUGUCAUUGA